AUGAUUAAAAAAACGUUAUUUAUAUCAUUUAUGGUGAUUAUUUUAGUGGCAUGUAAUAUUGAAGGAAAGAAAUUAUCUCGAAGUCGCAGUUCAGGUUCAGGUCGCAGUACUGGAAGAAAAACACAUUACAAUCCUCAGCCGGCCCCUACUUCUAUAAGCCACCCACAGCCAUCAGCACCGAAACCAACACUAUUUGGAUGGCAAGAAAAAUCAGCUCAAAAUGCUAAAACACCAAAUAAUCAAGGUCAUUCGUAUCCAUCAAGUAACACUGGUCUCUCUGGUAACAGUAAACCAAAACAAACAGCAACUCAACAAGACAGUAUACAAAGAAGUAAUGUGCCAUUACAGCAAUCCGCUCCAGCACAAAAUAAUAAUCAUCAAAGUCAUGCGUACCCUGCGAGCAAUAGUAUGUCUGGAAAUAGCAAUUCAGGAACUGGUGUGGGAUAUCCUCAAGGAUCAGGUUUGUCUGGUUCAAAUGCUGCUUCACCACCUCAUCAAGGAAUUAAUUCGCCUAAUAACUAUAAACCUCAAACUUAUCCACAAGGAUCAAAUUCAGGUCUGCCAGGAUCAAACGUAGCUCCUCCUCCUUAUCAAAAUAAUUAUCCAACGAAUAACCAUGGUAAUACAUACCAAAAUCCUCAUGGAGCACCACCUUCUUACAUGAAUUCUGGAAACAAUUUUUAUCAUCCACAAGGGCCACCACCCCCGUACUUUGGACACAACAGUGGCGGAUACGGAGGACAUGGAUAUAGUCCACAGACACCUGGAUAUUUUGGGAAUUAUAUGAAUAGUGGACGGAAUUCUGGAGGUGUAAGUAGAACAGGAAGUGCUUUGACUGGAGUAGGGAUUGCGGGUGCUGGAAUAGGAACUGUUUUAACAGGGUUAGCGUUGUGGAAUUUAGCCAGAUCGACGGGUCAUAAUCAACACACUGUUAUAUAUGAUAAAGGUCAACCUAUUGCUGUUGUACCUGAAGGUAAUACGGCACCUGUAGUUGAUCCUAUUUUAGGAGACUUAGUUAACUGUACAUUGACUAUAAAUAAAGAUAAUGUGACAGAAGUCCUUGCGAUUCCUUGCUCAAUAGCAACUUCAUUUACACCAGACGCGACUGUUAAAGAUGUAAGUAUGAAUGAUAAUGCAGGAGACACCACGAAAUGUACAAUAACUGUAGUAACAAAAGGUGGAAAGGAAUUUAUGACAACUAUACCCUGCUCGGUUCUACUAAAUACAGCAGCACAAAAUAAUGUUACUGAAUCGCCUAUUAUUGAAAACUCGCCGAUCUUGUCAAAUGACACGUCAGUUCCCACAAAUGACACGUCAGUGCCCACAAAUGACACGUCAGUGCCCACAAAUGACACGUCAGUACCUACAAAUGAUAAACUUCUUGCAGAUCAGCCGGCAGAUCUUAAAUUUCCAAAUAUCGAUGUAAAAAAUGAAUCAACAGCUUUAAAUUGCACUCAUGAAGAAGCAGGGGAAAUAAGAGAUCCAAUAAAUCCUUGUUUUAGCCUUAAGCACAACCUUACUGUAAUUCCUUUGCAAGAAAAUGAAAAUCAUAACAAU